AACGUGCCAUGAACCCAUUUGAUCCAACAAUCGAAUUUAGCCGAAAGAUCUUCGACAAUGACCGUAAUUGUACAGCUAUUGACACGGCUACCGGAGAAUUGUGCGGCGAAACUGAAACCAUGAAGAUUAUCGACGAGUUUCAGAAAUUGUACGAAGCUCGCAUUGAAAAUGUUGACCAAGAGUUCGAAAGUGAAUUUGACAAAGUUUCUAUGAAGCUAGAAAUAUCAAAGGAAUGGAUUAAAAAUUUGAAAGAACAAAAUGUUAUGCUGGUGCAAGUGGUAGAGGAUUUGGAGCAAGCCGCUUGCAAUAGAGUUAAAUUAUUGGAGGAGAGAUUAAAACAUUCGUCAGUACUAGUCUCUGGAAAUAUAUCAAAAUCAAUGAAUACAGAAAAGACUAUAAAUACACUUUCAAAUCGUGUAAGUGACUUGGAGAAAGAUGAAAAAUGCAUGCAACAAAAAAUAGAAUUUCUCCAAAGUGAUAUCAGAGGAUUAUUAGAAUUAAUACGACGUGCAGUAGAAGAAAAUCAUUGGAAUUUGGACGAUAUAAAAUUCUUUGAGAUUCAACCUAGUGACAUACCUGUCCCCACUGCUAACUGUACCUGCAAUGAGGAAGAUAUAAGUCAAAGAAAGGUGCAGACCUUAAAAUCGCAAAUCAAACAUCUUCAAGAAAAUGAAAAAAAAAUGAUUAUGCACCAAAAAGAGUUAGAAGAUAAAUUAAUUGAUCUUAAUGCAAAAUUACAAACCAAAGAAGAUACUGUUAAAGCAUGUGUUUCUCAGUUCCAAAUUCUUAGUGAUAAUCUUAGAAAACGCGUAAAAUUUACUGAUCAAGUUGCAUGCAGUUCAUUUAUAACAAACGAUCAAGAAACUAUUGACGAUGUUAAGAAAUCAAGGAAUUCUACAAAUCAACAGAAUCAAGUCUUAUCAUAUUUGAAUAAAGUAAAAUCAUUGAUGGAACAGGAAAAAGAACAUCUUUUUAAGCUAAAAAUAGAAUUGGAGAAAACUGUAGAAAAUUUGUGCUGUGAGGAAGAUAAAAUGCACGAAACGAGUGACUGUAAUGUGGAUAACAUAAAGCAUAAAUUAACUAAGAAUAUUGAAUAUGUGAACAAAAUAUAUUUAAGAAAGGAAGAAUCAAUUGAAAUGAUAAAUUCUUUAUUUCAAAUGGAAAACAAUCAUCUUUUUCAUGUAGAAAAUUUUAAUUCCUUACCGAACACAGACAUUAAUCAAUGGAAAUUAAUAGAUGUAUUCAGAGCAUGUACUGUUGAAGCACAACUUACUAUGGAAGAUAUGAAAGAAGAAAUAAAUAUAAUUGUUUCUUCAUUUAAAUGUAGACAUCAAAAGUAUGUUGAUUUGAACAAAGAAGUUAUGAAUGUCCAAAAUCAGUUAAUAAAAAGUCAAGGGAUAAUAGCAGAAGUAAUUAAUAAAUUGCAAUUACAAGAAGAAGAAAGAAUGAGACAUAAUGAUAGAAUUAUUUCAGGGAAGAACAGAUUAAAAGAUAUAAAAAAUGAAAUAAAUCUUAUGCAAUUUCAAUCAUCAAUUCAUAUAAAUGAAAUGCAAACAAAUGAAAAUGUAUCCAAUUAUGGAGAAAAUGUAUCUAAUUAUGAUCUAUUAUGUUCAGCAAUUGAAGAAAUAGAACAAACAUCGUCUAGCCUGCAAAUAUUUCAAGUUCAAGGAUGUUGCAUAAUAAAAGAUCUUGAAAAAUUGAAGACCCAACUUUGUGAAGUAGAUUCAUUCACCAGAAAAUUACAAGAGAAAAUAGAUGAAGCAUUGAUAGAACAUGACAUAGUAGACACAACACUUUCUCAAAAAGAACAAAAAUUACAAAAGUUAGAAGAAGAAGUUGAUGUGAUUUACUUGAAAGUACAGAAUGUGUUGGAAACUUUUUUUUCUCCAAAAGAACUUGUAUCUGAUUGUAAUAUCAUGGAGACUCAAUUAUAUACACAAAUUUUAAACGAAAUACUGCAAACUAAACAAGCUGUAUAUAAAUUGAGAAAAGAACAUGAUGAAUUAAAGUAUAAAUUAUCGCAAUCACCACUUCAUCCAGAGUGCGAUAAGAAAACGUGCUUAUGGAAAUGUAGAGUAACUGACUUACAAGAUCAAGUUAAAAUACUGCAACAUGAGGCAAAAUGCAAUGAGGAAGCAAACAAUUUUUUAAGAAAUAACAUUCAAUCAAUAGAAGAGGAACUGCAUAUAACACAAGCGAAAGCAGAUAAUUAUAGACGAUCUCAUUCUGUAGAAAAUAUGACGUUAAAGAGAAAAAUUAUAGAAUUAGAAAAUACUCUUAAAUUACAAAAAGAAAUUGAAUGUACUCUUCAACGACAAUUGAAUGAUAGCGAAGUUGAAUUAAAAAAAUCUAAAGAAUUAUUAAAUUCUUCUCACGAUGAAUAUAAUAUGGAAGAAACUUUAUUACGAUAUGGUUGUUAUCAAUUCAGACAUGAUACAAUGACUGCACCACAAUUAUUUAAAAAGCUGCAAACCGCCAUAAAAUCUACAAAAACUGGUCUUCAGGAAUUUAAAGCAGAAUUCAAAAGAUUGAUUUGUGAAGAUUCAGUUAAUAGUUGUUCUUCUGCAAAAUCAUUAAUGAAUUUACUAGAAAAAUUACAAAAGUAUGAAAAUGAAUUAGAUAAUUGUUUUCAAGAAAUUGAAGAACUUAAAAAUACAUUAUAUUCUAAAGACAAACUAAUAGAAAAUAUGGAUGAAAUCAUUAAAAUUCAAAAGGAUUCUAUUGUAAUAAUGCAAGCUGAAUUAAAAGAACUUCACCAAAAGAUUGAUAAUCAAGAUCAAGUAAUCUCUCAGUAUGAAAAGGAAAAGAAAGAAUUAUUACGACAGAAUGAACUUCAAGUUCAAACUAUCGGUCAUUUACAAAAUGCUGUAGUAGAAGCAAAAAAAUAUAUAGAUCAAAUGGGACAUAAAACAGUGAGUGAUAUAAGUGAACAGUGGUCUACAAUUUCGCCUGCAGUAUACAGUCAAAGAAAUGUGCAUGAUGUUUAAUAUUAACUUAUAAUAGUGAAAUAUGUGCAAUAACAUGUAGUUUAUUUGUAAGAAACGAGCAGUCAGCAUAUCACUUGGAAAAUAAGAUUAGCAAUUUAAAGUACAAUUUUAAAGUUUUAAAUAUAUUAUAAAUAACUGAAACUAGCUUUUUAAAGAUUUUUUAAAUUAUAUUUCAUAUUUGAAAUAUAGAAUAUCUUCAAAUUUAAAGCAAAUUUAAACUUCUAUAGAUUUCUAAUAUUUGAAUAGUAUUUAAAUUAUAAAAUUGAAUUAAGCAAUACACCACAAAA